AUGUCCGAGGCGUCUUGCAACCAAGUUAUCGUCGUCGGCGGUGGCCUCGCAGGGUUCUCUGCUGCUAAUAGUAUUUUAGAGCAUGGUGGAAGCGUACUGCUUAUUGAUAAAUCUGCGUUUUGCGGUGGCAACUCCUCCAAGGCUACUUCUGGCAUCAAUGGUUCGUGCACCAGAACUCAGAAGAAGCUCGGUAUCAAGGAUUCGAACAAGUUGUUCGAAUUCGACUGUAUGAAGGGUGGCUCCAAGAGUCCUGAGCUUAUUAAUACCAUGGUUGAGCAUUCCGGCUCCUCGGUUAACUGGCUUAUGGACAACUUCGACCUCGAUCUUUCUCUUCUAUCUCGUUUGGGUGGUCACUCUGUUGAGCGUACCCAUCGUGGAAGGGAGCGUUUCCCUGGUAUGACUAUCACUUACGCUGAGAUGCAGAUGGCAGAGGCUAUUUCCAAGGCUCUACCUGAUAGAUGCCAGAUCAUCAAUAAGGCCCGUGCUACCGAGUUGCUCACCAACAAAGAAGGUGACGUGAUUGGUGUUCUGUAUACGACUAACGAUGGUCAAUCACAUAAGGUUUACGGUCCGGUCGUCCUCGCAACUGGUGGAUACGGUGCCGAUUUCACUAAAGAUGGUCUUUUGGCUAAGUACCGUCCUGACUUGCUCAAGUUGUCUACUACUAACGGAGAGCAUUGCACUGGUGAUGGCAUCAAGAUGGGUGUUGCAGCCAAUGCUGAUGUCGUUGAUCUCGAGUGGGUACAGGUUCAUCCUACUGGACUCGUGAACCCCAAGGACCCUGAUAGUAAGGUCAAGUUCUUGGCUGCUGAGGCUCUUCGUGGUGUUGGUGGAAUCUUGCUCGAUGCUGAUGGUCAUCGUUUCUCAAAUGAGCUUGGUCGUCGUGAUUAUGUGUCCGAUAAGAUGUUCCACAACAAGGGUCCCUUCCGUUUGGUAUUGAACACUGCUUCGGCCAACGAAAUUCGCUGGCAUGUUGAGCACUACAAGGGCCGUGGUGUCAUGAAGGACUUCGACAGUGCUUACGAUCUCGCUAAGGAGAUGGGCAUUCCGGCUUCUACCUUGGAGCAGACCUUCAAGGAUUACAAGGAGGUCGCUGAAAAGCAGGAGGCCAACCCCGAUGGUGGUGAGUAUGAUGCUUAUCCGACCGGUAAGACCUUCGAUAAGUUCGGCAAGAAGUUCUUCACGAACUACGACUUCAAGAUGGACGAUCACUAUAGCGUCGCCAUUGUCACUCCUCUUGUUCACUACUGCAUGGGUGGUCUUAAGAUCGACACGGUUGGUCGCGUCAUCAGUAAGGAGACGAAAAAGCCGAUUCGUGGUCUCUACGCUGCUGGUGAAGUUAUGGGAGGUGUUCAUGGCAACAACCGUUUGGGUGGUAACUCCCUCCUCGAUUGUGUUGUCUACGGCAGAAUUACCGGAAAGGACGCCUGUAAGAAUUUCCUUCCUGCUCGAGAAGACGUGCCUCUGAAGGAUCUUGCCCUCGGUCGUACGAAGCCCAACAAGCGUGCCAUUAUUGUUGGUGGUGGUUUGGCUGGUUUCAGUGCCUGCAAUUCGAUCCUUGAGCACGGUGGCAGCGUGUUGUUGCUUGAUAAGUCUGCUUUCUGUGGUGGUAACUCGUCCAAGGCCACUUCUGGUAUCAAUGGAUCUUGCACUAAGACUCAGAAGAGACUUGGCAUCAAGGAUUCCAAUGAGCUGUUCGAGUUUGAUUGCAUGAAGGGUGGUUCCAAGAAUCCUCAACUCAUCAAGACCAUGGUUGAAGCUUCUGGCCCUUCCGUUGACUGGUUAAUGGAGAACUUCGAUCUCGAUCUCUCUCUACUUUCCCGUUUGGGUGGUCAUUCCGUUGAGCGUACCCAUCGUGGAAAGGAGCGCUUCCCUGGUAUGACUAUCACUUAUGCCGAAAUGCAAAUGGCCGAGGCUAUCUCCAAGGCCCUGCCUGAUAGGUGCCAGAUCAUGAACAAGGCUAGGGUGACCGAUCUCAUCACUGGGGAUGACGGUGAGGUCAUUGGUGUUCGCUACACUAAAGAUGGCAAGGAACGUUCCGAGUUCGGUCCUGUCAUUCUUGCAACGGGUGGUUUCGGUGCUGAUUUCUCGAAGGAUGGACUACUCGCCAAGUAUCGUCCCGACUUGCUCAAGUUGUCCACUACCAAUGGUGAGCACUGCACUGGCGAUGGAAUCAAGAUGGGUGUAGCGAUUGGUGCUAAGGCAAUUGAUCUCGAGUGGGUACAGGUUCAUCCUACCGGUCUCGUGAACCCCAAGGAUCCUGACAGUAAGGUCAAGUUCUUGGCUGCUGAGGCUCUUCGUGGUGUUGGUGGAAUCUUGCUCGAUGCUGAUGGACAUCGCUUCUCCAAUGAGCUUGGUCGUCGUGAUUAUGUGUCCGAUAAGAUGUUCCACAACAAGGGCCCCUUCCGUUUGGUAUUGAACACUGCUUCGGCCAACGAAAUUCGCUGGCAUGUCGAGCACUACAAGGGCCGUGGUGUCAUGAAGGACUUCGACAGUGCUUACGAUCUCGCCAAGGAGAUGGGCAUUCCGGCUUCUACCUUAGAGCAGACCUUCAAGGAUUACAAGGAGGUUGCUGAAAAGCAGGAGGCCAACCCCGAUGGUGGUGAGUAUGAUGCUUAUCCGACCGGCAAGACCUUCGAUAAGUUCGGCAAGAAGUUCUUCACGAACUACGACUUCAAGAUGGACGAUCACUAUAGCGUCGCCAUUGUCACUCCUCUUGUUCACUAUUGCAUGGGUGGUCUCAAGAUUGAUACUUCUUCUCAUGUCAUUGGCGAGGGCGAUAAGCCUAUUCGCGGCCUUUACGCUGCCGGUGAGGUCAUGGGAGGCGUUCACGGCAACAACCGUUUAGGUGGCAAUUCUCUACUCGAUUGUGUUGCCUAUGGUCGUAUCUCCGGCAAGGAUUUGAUGGAUACUUUCUUCCAAACUGCCAAGCCUGUAGCUUUGAAGGAUUUGGCUACUGGAAGAACGGAGCCUCGUAGACCUGCGAUAGUUGUUGGUGGUGGUCUUGCAGGUUUCUCUGCCGCUAACACCAUCUUGGAACGCGGUGGCGAAGUUAUCCUCAUCGAUAAGUCUGCCUUCUGUGGUGGUAACUCGUCCAAGGCCACUUCUGGUAUUAACGGUUCUUGCACUAAGACUCAGAAGAGACUUGGCAUCAAGGAUUCCAAUGAGCUGUUCGAGUUUGAUUGUAUGAAGGGUGGUUCCAAGAAUCCUCAACUCAUCAAGACCAUGGUCGAAGCGUCUGGUGCUUCCGUCGAAUGGUUGAUGGAUAACUUCGAUCUCGAUCUUUCUCUACUUUCUCGUUUGGGUGGUCAUUCCGUUGAGCGUACCCAUCGUGGAAAGGAGCGCUUCCCUGGUAUGACUAUCACCUAUGCUGAAAUGCAAAUGGCUGAGGCAAUCUCCAAAGCUCUGCCCGAUAGGUGUCAGAUCAUGAACAAGGCUCGUGCUACUGAGCUUGUUCAGAAUGACAAGGGUGAUGUUGUUGGUGUGAAGUAUGAGAAGGGUGGCAAGACAUAUACGUUGGAGGGACCUGUUAUCCUCGCUACCGGUGGUUAUGGUGCCGAUUUCUCUAAGGAUGGUCUCUUAGCCAAGUACCGUCCCGACUUGCUCAAGUUGUCCACUACCAAUGGUGAGCAUUGCACUGGUGAUGGAAUCAAGAUGGGUGUUGCGGUUGGUGCCCAAACUAUUGAUCUCGAGUGGGUACAGGUUCAUCCUACCGGUCUCGUGAACCCCAAGGACCCUGACAGUAAGGUCAAGUUCUUGGCUGCUGAGGCUCUUCGUGGUGUUGGUGGAAUCUUGCUCGAUGCUGAGGGUCAUCGCUUCGCCAACGAGCUUGGCCGUCGUGAUUAUGUGUCCGAUAAGAUGUUCCACAACAAGGGUCCCUUCCGUUUGGUAUUGAACACUGCUGCGUCUGACGAGAUUCGCUGGCAUGUUGAGCAUUACAAGGGCCGUGGUGUCAUGAAGGAGUUCAGCAGUGCUUACGAUCUCGCUAAGGAGAUGGGCAUUCCUGCUUCUACCUUGGAGCAGACCUUCAAGGAUUACAAGGUGGUUGCUGAUAAGCAGGAGGCCAACCCCGAUGGCGGUGAGUAUGAUGCUUAUCCGACCGGUAAGACCUUCGAUAAGUUCGGCAAGAAGUUUUUCACGAAUUACGACCUCAAGAUGGACGACCACUACAACGUCGCUAUUGUCACUCCUCUGGUCCAUUACUGUAUGGGUGGCCUCAAGAUUGAUGAGUUCUCUCAUGUUCUUGGUAAGGAGGACAAGCCUAUCCGUGGUCUGUAUGCUGCCGGUGAAUUGAUGGGUGGUGUUCACGGCAACAACAGAUUGGGUGGUAACUCUCUUCUGGAUUGUGUUGCUUACGGCCGUAUUUCUGGUAACAACCUCAUCGACACUUUCUAUCCUAAGUGCGAGCGUGUUCCUCUGAAGGAUCUUGAGGAUGGUCGUACUGAGUCUCGUAAACGUGUUAUUGUUGUUGGUGGUGGUCUUGCUGGUUUCUCUGCCGCUAACACUGUNNNNAAGUCGGCCUUCUGUGGUGGCAAUUCAUCGAAGGCAACUUCGGGUAUCAACGGUUCCGGCACCAAGACUCAAGAGAGGCUCGGUGUAAAGGAUUCUAAUGAGCUCUUCGAGUUCGACUGUAUGAAGGGUGGCUCCAAGAGCCCAGAGCUCAUUAACACUAUGGUUGAGCAUUCUGGUCCUUCUGUUAACUGGCUUAUGGAUGUCUUCGGUCUCGAUCUUUCUCUUCUAUCUCGUCUGGGCGGUCACUCUGUAGAGCGUACUCAUCGUGGUAAGGAGCGUUUCCCUGGUAUGACCAUUACGUAUGCUGAGAUGCAGAUGGCUGAGGCUAUUGCCAAGGCACAUCCAGAUAAGUGCCAGAUUAUCAACAAGGCGAGAGCUACUGAGCUCGAAACUGAUAAUGAAGGCAAUGUUAUCGGUGUCAAGUACGAGAAGGAUGGUAAAUCCUAUGUUGUUGAUGGCCCUGUUAUCCUCGCAACUGGUGGAUACGGUGCCGAUUUCACUAAAGGUGGUCUCUUGGCUAAGUACCGUCCUGACUUGCUCAAGUUGUCUACUACUAACGGAGAGCAUUGCACUGGUGAUGGCAUCAAGAUGGGUGUUGCAGCCAAUGCUGAUGUCGUUGAUCUCGAGUGGGUACAGGUUCAUCCUACCGGUCUCGUGAACCCCAAGGACCCUGAUAGUAAGGUCAAGUUCUUGGCUGCUGAGGCUCUUCGUGGUGUUGGUGGGAUCUUGCUCGAUGCUGAUGGUCAUCGAUUCUCGAAUGAGCUCGGCCGUCGUGAUUAUGUGUCUGACAGGAUGUUCCACAACAAGGGUCCCUUCCGUUUGGUAUUGAACACUGCUUCGGCCAACGAAAUUCGCUGGCAUGUUGAGCACUACAAGGGCCGUGGUGUCAUGAAGGACUUCGACAGUGCUUACGAUCUCGCCAAGGAGAUGGGCAUUCCGGCUUCUACCUUGGAGCAGACCUUCAAGGAUUACAAGGAGGUUGCCAGUAAGCAGGAGGCCAACCCCGAUGGUGGCGAGUAUGAUGCUUAUCCGACCGGCAAGACCUUCGAUAAGUUCGGCAAGAAGUUCUUCACGAACUACGACUUCAAGAUGGACGAUCACUAUAGCGUCGCCAUUGUCACUCCUCUCGUUCACUACUGCAUGGGUGGUCUCAAGAUCGACACGGCCGGUCGCGUCAUUAGCAAGGAGACGAAGAAGCCAAUUCGCGGUCUCUAUGCUGCCGGUGAAGUUAUGGGAGGUGUCCAUGGCAACAACCGUUUGGGUGGUAACUCGCUUCUCGAUUGUGUUGUCUUCGGUCGCUUGACUGCUGACGAUGCUUGUGAGGGUCUCCUUGGUCUCAAGAAGAGCGUCUCUCUGCCUGCUCUUGCUAAGGCACCUGCUAGCGUACCCAAGAAGGUUGCUCACGCUAAGGUUACUGCGGCUCCUGCUGCUCCUGUUGUACACGGUUACACUAAGGAGGAAGUCGCUAAGCACACCACUGAAAGUGAUUGCUGGGUUAUCAUCAAUGGCCAGGUCUUGAAUGUCACGAACUUCCUUCCAGAACAUCCUGGUGGAAAACUUGCCAUCAUGACCUUUGCAGGCAAAGAUGCUAGUAAGGAGUUCAACAUGAUCCAUCCAUCUGAUGUCAUUGAGAAGUAUGCCCCGGAUUGUGUCCUCGGUCCUGUUGUUGACAAGGCUACUGCUGCUGCUACUCCUGUUGCUCCGACUGCUCCUGCUGCUGUGACGGUCACUCCGACAAAUUCUGCUGCCGCUGGUAAGUCGUAUACUAUGGAAGAGAUCUCGAAGCACAAUUCCCGUGAAUCCUGCUGGGUUGUGAUCGACGGUGAGGUCUUGGAUGUUACGGGUUUCUUGCCUGAUCAUCCUGGUGGAGACAUCUCUAUUCUCAACUAUGGUGGUAAGGAUGCUACUGAGCCCUUCCACGAUAUUCAUCCUGCUGGUAUCAUCCAGAAGUACUGCCCUGAUGCUGUCAUCGGUGUCGUUGGAACCGGCUCAGCUGCUCCCUCAACUGUGUCUACGGCUCCUGCUUCUGCUGCUGCAUCUGCUCCAGCUCCCGCUGUCUCUGGGUACACUAAGGAAGAAGUGGCUAAGCAUACCACCGAGAGUGAUUGCUGGGUCAUCAUUAAUGGCCAGGUUUUGAACGUCACGAACUUCCUCCCUGAACACCCCGGUGGAAAACUCGCUAUUAUGACUUUCGCGGGUAAGGAUGCUACUAAGGAGUUCAACAUGAUCCAUCCGGCUGAUGUUGUUGAGAAGUACGCCUCUGAGUGUGUUCUUGGUCCCGUUGUUGAGGCCAAUUCUGCACCUGCUGUAGCAGCUACGAGUGCACCUGCUCCGGCUGCUCCUACUGUAGUGACGACCACUCCGACAACGUCUGGUGCCGCUGGCAAGUCUUACACUAUGGACGAGAUCUCGAAGCAUAACUCUCGCGAGUCCUGCUGGGUUGUGAUUGAUGGUGAGGUCUUGGAUGUUACGGAUUUCUUGCCUGAUCAUCCUGGUGGAGAUAUCUCUAUUCUCAACUUCGGUGGCAGAGAUGCUACUGGGCCUUUCCACGACAUUCAUCCUGCUGGUAUCAUCCAGAAGUAUUGUCCCGACGCUGUCAUCGGUGUCGUUGGAACAGGCUCGGCCGCCCCCUCGACUGCUUCUACGGCUCCCGCUUCUGCUGCUGCAUCUGCUCCAGCUCCUGCUGUCUCUGGGUACACUAAGGAAGAAGUGGCUAAGCAUACCACCGAGAGUGAUUGCUGGGUCAUCAUUAAUGGCCAGGUCUUGAACGUCACGAACUUCCUCCCUGAGCAUCCUGGUGGAAAGCUUGCCAUCAUGACUUUCGCCGGUAAAGAUGCUACUAAGGAGUUUAACAUGAUCCAUCCGCCUGAUGUUAUUGAGAAGUAUGCUUCUGAAUGUGUUCUCGGUCCAGUUAUUGAGGGCAAGUCUGCUCCUGCUCCUGUUGCAUCGACACCUGCCCCUGUUGCUUCAACCCCCGCCCCUGCUCCCGUUGCAUCGAAGCCUGCUCCUGCUACAAGCACUGCCGCUUCCACACCUGCGCCUACUCCUGUGGCUCCCGUUGUUGCAACUCCUGCUGCUGUGAGCGGUAUCACAAUGGACGAAGUCGCCAAACAUACGACUGAGGAUGAUUGCUGGGUUGUCAUCAAUGGUGAGGUAUUGGAUGUCACAGACUUCCUUCCCAAGCAUCCUGGUGGAAAGAUGGCCAUUCUUACAUUUGCUGGUAAGGAUGCAUCCAAGGAGUUCAACAUGAUCCAUCCGGCUGGUGUGAUUGAGAAGUAUGCUCCCGACGCUACUUUGGGACCACUUGUUGAGAAGGCUGCCGGUCCUGCAGCUGCUGGUGGCGACUUGUCCCAGCCUCUUCUUGCUGACCAGUUUGAGUCCAAGGCUCUCACUGAACAGUGGUGGGGUGAGGAUCGUAACAAGUCGGACAUGUUCGGGCCACUCGGACCAUCCAUCAGCUCCUACGCCAUCUCUCUCUGCUACCUGAUUUGGAUGUUCGUCAUUGACACUCUCAAGACUAUCUUCAGUGUCAAGAAUUACAAGGUCCUGUCUGAUAAGUCUGGGUUACAGCGUUCAGCUAUUUUCAUGAUGGUCUUCGUCACUAUUCAUGCUCUCGGUAACAUCAACCUGUUGGUUGGUGAUAGGAAUUUCGAGGGUUAUGCUUAUCUCUUGAACCAUCCUUGUCCUUGGAGUACACUAUUCCUCCCUGUUGAGAUUUAUCUCUUGCUCGCCGGAAUUCUUCAUGUCGUUGUGGCUACUGUCCGUACCUUCAAGUUCAAAUCUAUGAAUUCGUCGUUCCGCGACUUGGAGAUGUUCAUCACUGGUUGCAUUCUACUCAUCUUCCUCAUUGUGCAUCUUAUCCAGUUCCGUUUCGUUUCGGAGGCCUCGGCACCUAAGUACUGGAUGCGUGAUAACUGGUUCCCCUGUGCCGAUGAUGAUACCAGUUGUCCGAUCAUUCACUUCAAGGAUCUCUACAAAAUGGCAUUCCAGAUCUUUGAGAGCUUCGGUUGGGUGUGCUUCUAUAUCGUUGGUGUUAUUGCUUUCUUCAUUCAUAUGAAGAGUGGUCUCAGUCGUGUCAUCAUGACGAACGACAAUAUCCCGAGGAAGUACAAGAGCACUACCCAGUUCUGGGGAUCAGUUAUGUCCUGGGUGCUUUUCCUUCUAUACCUUACAUAUCCUCUCUUCGCCUACUUCAACCCUGUCAAGGACUGGGCUGCGUAUGAUGCGAAGCAGAUUCGUCCACAGGCUUAG